UACGAAACCGAAGAGAAGAAACACGAGAGAGAAUGAGUGCCAAAAUUGAAAGAGAGAGAGAGAGAGAGAGAGAGAGAGAGAGAGAGAGAGAGAGAGUGAAGAAAAUUGAAUUUGCGAUCGCCGAAGUCUGAUCCAUAUCGUUGGAAGUUAAGUUAAGAGAAUAAUUGAAACUGAAAGUAAAAUGCAAAACCUCUGCUCCCAUUCUUAUCACAACCAUCGCUUCCAGUUCCAGUUCCAAUUCCAGUUCCAGUUACAGGGUGAGCAGUGCUUGGAGGAAAUCGGAAACAAGAGAGCAGAGUAUUCAGAAAGCAGCAGACAGUAGCGUUUGUGGGCUGUGCGAGUCAUUAAUGGCGUCUGCUAGCCUUGGAAAUGGUGGGGUUGGCAGUUCCAGGUCUGUUAGUAGUGGCUUCAGGGGUUCAUCUAGUUCUGUGGAUUGGCUUGGGAGAGAGAUGCUUGAGAUGUCCUUGAGGGACAAGGUCGACCAUGAUGACGACAGAGAUAGCGAGCCUGAUAUCAUUGAUGGUGUGGGUGCUGAAACAGGACAUGUGAUAAGAACCAGCAUUGGUGGCCGAAAUGGUCAAUCUAAGCAGAAUAUUAGUUAUAUAGCGGAACACGUGGUUGGAACGGGCUCUUUCGGUGUUGUUUUUCAAGCAAAAUGUAGAGAAACAGGAGAGAUUGUAGCCAUCAAGAAGGUUCUCCAGGACAAGCGCUACAAGAAUAGAGAGUUACAAAUUAUGCAAAUGCUGGAUCAUCCAAAUAUUGUUGCCCUUAGACAUUGUUUCUUUUCAACCACCGACAAAGAAGAAGUUUACUUGAAUCUUGUGCUUGAAUAUGUUCCUGAAACUGUGAAUCGUAGUGCAAGGAACUAUAGCAGGAUCAACCAGCGAAUGCCUUUAAUAUACGUGAAGCUUUAUACCUACCAGAUUUGCAGAGCCCUUGCUUAUAUCCAUAAUUGCAUUGGUAUAUGUCAUCGUGACAUCAAACCUCAGAACCUGCUUGUGAACCCACACACUCAUCAGCUGAAACUAUGCGAUUUUGGGAGUGCAAAAGUGUUGGUGAAAGGAGAACCUAAUGUUUCUUACAUCUGUUCAAGAUACUAUCGUGCCCCAGAACUUAUAUUUGGUGCCACUGAAUACACAACUGCCAUAGAUAUAUGGUCAACUGGUUGUGUAAUGGCUGAAUUACUUCUUGGACAGCCCUUGUUUCCUGGAGAGAGUGGAGUUGAUCAACUAGUUGAAAUAAUCAAGGUCUUGGGAACUCCAACCAGGGAGGAGAUAAAGUGCAUGAACCCAAAUUAUACAGAAUUUAAGUUUCCGCAGAUAAAACCUCAUCCAUGGCACAAGGUCUUUCAGAAACGUUUACCCCCAGAAGCAGUGGACCUUGUCUGUAGGUUCUUUCAGUACUCUCCCAAUUUGCGAUGCACUGCUUUGGAAGCUUGCAUUCAUCCCUUCUUUGAUGAAUUGAGGGACCCAAACACCCGCCUUCCUAAUGGUCGCCCACUUCCUCCUCUGUUUAAUUUUAAACCUCAGGAACUUUCUGGUAUACCCCCUGACGUUAUCAAUCGACUUGUUCCAGAGCAUGCUCGUAAACAGAACUUAUUUAUGGCUUUGCACACCUAGCAAGUUUUAUUUUUUCCUCCCUUCACUUACUAGCAGGCUGUAAAUUAUCCGGUGCAUCUUGAGAAAGAAUGCCACAGAAAGAGUUCGUAGGAUUAUAUUAUAUAAUAUGAAAAGUUUCAAUAUUUUGAAUUUCA